AUGCAUUCAGCUGUGCCCUUCAACAACACUUUCUUUACUCGCAGGUGGCCUUUGAUCGCAGAACAAUCUUUCUAUGAUGAAAGAUUGAUGAACCUACCGAUGCAGAACCUGACAAUCGAAAGACACCUACUAUCAUACUGGUAUUUCUCUGGAGUAGAGAAAGAAGUCAAGCAAGAGUUUACUUUCCAUGAUUCCAUCGCUAACGCCGCUGCCAUGAUACUUCGCGACGUGUUUGUGGAAUACAACGCAUCAAUGAUUGUAGGAGUGCAUGUACGUCGUACCGACUUUCUACAGGCAAAGCACACAAAAUUGGGUUUUGGAGUUCCUGAAAAAUCAUAUUUCAUUAAAGGUUUCAGUCUGAUGAAAUCAAAGUUUCCGGGAAGAAACAUCACGUUCUUAGUUGCCAGCGAUGAUCUCCCCUGGUGCUAUGAAAACUUGUCCGGUACAGAUGUUGCUUUCAUGCCUCCAGCGACAGCAGCUGUUCACAUGGCCGUGUUAUCCAAAUGUGAUCACGUUAUAAUAUCUGGCGGGUCUUUUGGAUAUUGGAGUGCGUGGCUGGCUAAUGGACAUGUCAUUUACUAUCCUGGGUAUAUGAGAAAAGGUUCCAUUCUGGGAAGGUGGUUUAGGGAUGAUCUUUAUUACCCCAGAACCUGGAUACCGUUGGAAAAUUGA